GCGACCCAUAAUACCAUGAUACCCGGUACAAGCGACGAUGCAAUCAGUGCAGUGGCACAACCUAGUCAUGUGACGACGAAGGAGUGCCUGACGAUGCGCCGUCUGUUUCCACUCCUCGCUCGAUAUCGACAUGGCGGCUCUAACCAAAGGUGCGGCAAUCAUUACACGGGUGAAAUCUGGAGCCGAUUAUUCGAUCAUCGUCCGUUCGUCCAAGGAGAAAUAACAUUUUUCUUACGAGAAUUUCAGGAAAAAAGGGCUGAUAGAGAAGUGGAACGUCUUUUUAAAAUACUUGAAUAUUCAACAGAAUUGAAAGAAAGCCAAUUGGAUCGUACUGAACAACUUGGAGAUUGUCAUUUACCUAGUCUUAAAGCAAAUGUGGAUGUUGCACUGAGUAUGUGUAGCCGUGUUUUACAAAGAGAAGAAAAUUUUGAUAGUGACAGUGUGUUGAAUGAAAACAGAUUAGCCAGAAGAAAAGAGUGGGAGAAAUUCAUAAAUGAUAUGAGCGAUAAGUGUCAGAGAGUAGAUCAAACGUUCCAAGAAAAAGAAAACGAGAUACAGGAAUUUUAUGUUGAUUUGGAAAAAAAGUUACACAUUACUCCCUAAGAUUAAGCAUUAAUCCUUAAUCUAUACAUUAUCUUUU